CGGAAGUGACGUCACUUCCGUCCGGCCGUUCCGGGCGCGGUCCCGGUGUCUGGGGGUGGCGGGGCUGGAGCGGAGGGACCGAGCAUGGCCGGGGCCACCACUAUCGAGGCGGUGAAGCGCAAGAUCCAGGUGCUGCAGCAGCAGGCGGACGAUGCGGAGGAGCGGGCGGAGCGGCUGCAGCGGGAGGUGGAAGCCGAGCGCCGCAACCGCGAGCAGGCUGAGGCAGAAGUGGCAUCUUUGAAUCGCCGUAUCCAGCUGGUAGAGGAGGAGUUGGACCGAGCUCAGGAGCGCCUUGCCACAGCUCUGCAAAAGCUGGAAGAGGCAGAGAAAGCAGCAGAUGAGAGUGAAAGAGGCAUGAAAGUCAUUGAAAACAGAGCUCUGAAGGAUGAAGAGAAGAUGGAACUGCAGGAGAUCCAGCUCAAGGAAGCCAAGCACAUUGCAGAGGAGGCAGACAGGAAGUAUGAGGAGGUUGCUCGGAAACUGGUGAUCAUUGAAGGAGAUCUGGAGCGUACUGAAGAGAGAGCUGAGCUCGCAGAGUCUAAAUGUUCCGAGCUGGAGGAGGAGCUGAAGAAUGUCACCAACAAUCUCAAGUCUCUUGAGGCUCAGGCUGAGAAGUACUCUCAAAAAGAGGAUAAAUAUGAAGAAGAGAUCAAGAUUCUGACUGAUAAACUCAAAGAGGCAGAGACCCGUGCUGAAUUUGCUGAACGCUCUGUAGCCAAGCUGGAGAAGACCAUUGAUGAUCUGGAAGAUGAGCUCUAUGCCCAGAAACUGAAGUACAAAGCAAUUAGUGAGGAACUGGACCACGCCCUGAAUGACAUGACUUCCAUAUAAACUGAAAUCCACCAAAGAGGAGCAUCUCUGCACGCAAAGAAUGCUGGACCAGACCCUGCUAGACCUGAACGAGAUGUAAUGGAUCCCUGCCACUGCCUCCACCACGGGAUGCCAGCCCAGCUGCUGCUGCCCUCUAACCCUGGCACCAGAGUUUACUUUCUGUUGCCAACUUGACCAAACACAAAUCUCCUUUGUUCCAGGGUUAAAGGCCACCAGGUUGGGCAGAGCUUCAAACAGCAUCAUUAAGGGAAAAAACCAAUGCAAUAAUGUUUGGAGAGCAUGUUUGAGAUGUACACAUUUUGUAACUACCUUUUUUGUAGCAACCAUUGUAAACAUUCCAAAUAACUUGUGAGGCUGGUGAGCUACACUUCAAAGCUCUUGGCUUUAAAAUUUGGUAUUAACCUUCUGUUAAUCGGCUCUGGGCCACCCUGCUUUGGCAGGGCAGGAAAUGGAUAUGAUGAUUCUGGCUGCAAGUCAGAGUAGCCAGGCUAGGGAUGAAAGCCUGUUGGGAAAACUUCCUUCCCAGGAGCUGUUUGCCAAAAGCACAGUUCAGUUUUUCAGCUUUAAGGUAACUCUGUGUUAGGAAGGAACAACUUGGGUGAAAGGCAUCUUUAUUUUGGGUUUGGUUCGUUGUUUUUUUUUAAGCCAAACCAUCUGAACAAUUGAACCAGUUGAACCUUCACAGGGAUUGUGUCCCUUCCCCUUUACACCUGAAGGGCUUAGAGAAGCCACUGUCCCUGUAACCCAUUGCUACCCUGGGGCUGACUUUGCCUUCACUAAGUGCUGAUGCACCAAGCUUCACUGCUCAUCACUGGGUUACACUUAACAGCUUAAGUACAACAGCCUUGUGUUCUUGGAAAAGUGUUUUUGCCUACCUGGAGGGAGGGAGCCAAGCCUUCCCUCCUGCCCAGGACUGCUCUUACUGUCUUAAUUGAGUCCAAGCCAUCUUGCUGUGCAUUGCUGAUGUGUCGUGGUUGUGAGGUGUGAGUGUGGCAAUGUCAUGCUCACAGCGUGCAGCUUGUGGUUUGAGCAUGCUGCUUGGUUGUAGCAGUUUUUGGGGCCAAUCUGGAGACAAAAACCCUAUCCAGUGUUUUGAUACUAAAUUGAAAAAUUGUGUUACUGUCUUUUGAAAUAAAAACUGAUCCCUCCACACG